UGACCAUUUGGUUUCGAUACACAACGACCAUGUUACAUUUAGGUCUUGGAUCACACACACACCCUCUGCAACCAUCUGCAGAGUGACAGAUCUCUUCAGAAGACGUCAGGAGAAGAAGGGGUGUGUGAUUAUAAAAUCCCAGUCUCAGCAUCUGACCUGGAGCAUUUGGAUUCUACCUGUGGAAGAAACAACAUCGCAUCUUUUGGAAUUAUGAAGGGACUAGCUGUGGAUUUCUCUUUUGCGCUUCUUGUUCUGUUGGGUUUGGUUGUGCGCUUCGACGCACAGCCACCACCUGACGCGCUGCUCCGCGGGAUGAGAGUCGUGCAGAGGCAGCAGGCCAGCAGGCUGCCCCUUUACAUGAUGCAGCUCUACCGGACCAUGCUGACCGUGGACCGGGCUAGGACUCCGGCUGCCAGCGUGAGACACACCAGGACGGAGGACAACCCAAGUCUGCAUGCCUUGGACUCUGUGAUCAGCCUUGUUGCUAAGAGCUGCCAGCACGUUGGCAAAAGGUGGUCGGUCACCUUCGACAUGUCCUCCAUGUCUGCAAGCGACAACGUCCAACUGGCUGAACUCCGCGUCCGCCUGCCUGUCUUCGCAGAGUCUUCCCGAGCCUCAGUGGACAUCUACCACCACUCCAACGGGGACGGGUGCUCCGGCAUGCACUGCCCAGAGAACAGGCAGUUCUUGGGCCGCCUGAGCGCUCGUCCCAGUUCGAUGGUCUCCCCGUCCUCCUGGAAGGUGUUCAACAUGACGGAGAUGCUCAGUCGCUGGCUGCUGGGGGAGCACUCGACACAGAGGAUGGAGGAGGCUGAGGCUGAGGCGAAGGAGCAGGAGGGGGUCCAACACCCUACAGCAGACCGGGUCAUGAUGGUGGUCUUCUCGGGGCAGAACUCAAACAGCCGACGGAUGCCAACGCUCAUUCGCACGGCAAAGCACUCCAAGUACGUGGCGGUGGACUCUGGUUCCAGGCCGAGGAGCCGCAGGUCCAAGAGGCAUCAACACACCUGGCAGCAGAGAGUGGCUGGAGCUGCUCCUGCCAGCAAGCCCACGGCGGAGGAGGAGAAGAAGGGUCCUGUCUGCAGGAAGGUGGACAUGAUGGUGGACUUUUUGAAGCUUGGCUGGAGCGAGUGGAUCGUCUAUCCCAAACAGUACAACGCCUAUCGCUGUGAAGGGAGCUGUCCUACACCAGUAGAUGAGACCUUCACCCCAACCAACCAUGCAUACAUGCAGAGCCUUCUGAGACUUCGCCACCCAGACAAGGUGCCAUGUGUGUCCUGUGUGCCAACACGCCUCGCACCACUUUCCAUGUUGUACUUUGAGAACGGGAGGAUGGUCAUGAGACAUCACGAGAACAUGGUGGUGGAGGAGUGCGGCUGCCACUGAGCAAAAAGACACCGAAAACCUUUUGGUUAAAGUUUCAGAUAGACUGGAGCCACUGAGGCCCAGAAGUGUCUUCAGCCACAGGACUGAGCUGCUCAGAGGCACAAAGUGGACGCAUGUCCACUGGCACUUUACAGAGACGUCCAGUUUGACGCUGGGACAGAGGCUGCUGCUACGAUGCAAGGCAUGAAAGAAGUGAACUAUGCUGGACACAGCUUUCUAGAUUAUGGAUUUUAAAAAUCAAGAGUUCCAAAUUGUUGGUACUUUUUGUAGAAGAUUAGGUGAUCUAAAUUGUGCUUUUGGAUUGCAAGUGGAUGAGCUACAAUUCAGGUUUAUAAGGACUGAUUAUGGUGAUAGAUUAAUCCAGUCAAGAUGAAGGAGAACAAGACAAAAGCACAAUAUGGUCACUGAUUAAAGCACUAUAGAAGAUUCACAAAAACAGUCAUACGAACUGUUCUUUUUAUGAUUGAAGACUGACUUUUUUAAUGCCAUUGAAAAGAUAAAUGCAAAUGUCAUGGUGUAUAAGCGCUUUU